ACUGUAAAAAGGACUCAUCACGACCGGAAAUUUAAAAGACUUCUGAGAAAGUUUUGAAUGCUCCUGUGAUCUGCAUGUCUUAAGUACGUUGCUCAGGCAUAUUCGAGUUACUCUCCACGAAAAAUUGCUCUGAAAGUCACCUGGGAACUAACUUGGCUGAAAAGUAGCAAAACUCUACCCCCGAGAAAGAUCCUGAAGGCCAGAAAAUCUAAACGAUGGACUCAUACCUCAUACCACUUGAUAUGAUAACAACACCUCCUAAAGACCACUUAGAAACACCCAUAUACGUGAAACACUUUGACAUUCAAGGAAAUCGGGUGCGACCGCCAAUGAGGUACAACAAAGUGGAAGGCAGCACCCUUUUCCUGGAAUACGUAAUGUCUGCCAAGGGUCCACAAGUGAUCGACAAGCUAAUGACAGUGGGCUUUCGUCCUGAAAGAGGCGAGGACACUGACUACUCAGAGAGCAUCUUAAAGAGAGGUAUUCUUUUUAGUGGCGAGGUUUACCGCUUCCUCGGCCACUCCAACUCUCAACUCAAGGAGAGAACUUGUUUCCUAAUGAAUGACUCGGAGGUACACAUUUACGAACUGCUUGCGGAGUUUGGCAAGUUUUCUCAAAUCAAAUCAACCGCCAAGCGCGCAAAAAGAAUUGGACUGUUAUUUUCGUCCUUCAAUCAAAGCAUACGUCUGGAAGAGCACGAGUACGAUGUUAUCGAUGACAUCAGACGCGGAAAUUAUAUUUUUACCGAUGGAUGUGGUUUUAUGUCAGAUUCGUUCGCUGUGAAAAUACAAGAUGUACGACGCCUUGAAAGCAAACCUUGUGUGGUACAAGUCAGGUACCAAGGUUUUAAAGGCGUCCUGCUCCUCAAUCCACAAUUAGACGACUCCCUAAAGGUACAAUUUCGUAAGUCAAUGAAGAAAUUUACAAUUCCGAAUGAGCAAAUGCGCCGAACUUGCACCACGUUCGGUGUCGUAAAGUGUUCCCAGCCUUAUACCAUUGGCUACCUUAACAAGCAGAUUACGAUGCUGUUAGCGGACAGCGGAGUUCUGCACAGCUACUUAACUGGGUUGCAGAAUGAUUUUCAUGCAUUGCUCAGAGAGGUCUGCAGCAGUGAACAAUCUGCUGAGUACUACCUGCGGAUCAAAGGUGAGCACAAAUUGCUCAAUUGGUUGCACAAAAAUGGUUUGGAAAGUGACCGCCUCCAAAGGGAACUCAAAAGUCUUCGUAAUAAAGAAAUUCGCAAGAUGCAGAAAGAAUGCCCUAGGGAUGGAAGCGACGAUGCCAGUCAAACGAAGGGUUCAAAGUGUAAGCUGAGAGUUCUUGUUCCAAAUUCAAGGGUAGUGUUCGGUGCAUGCGAUCCAUUUAACGAGCUUGAGUAUGGCCAGUGCGUUUUUCAGCCAACUCUCUUUGACGAGGUGCAGAUUGCAGAGUUUCAAGCAGCUCAAGAAGUGAUUGUUGUUCGGAAUCCCUGUUAUCAUCUUGGUGACAUUCGUGUCUUGAAACUCAUGAAAAACCUCCAAGAAUACGAGUAUCUCAGUGAUUGCAUCGUGUUCCCUACUAGAGGGAGCCGACCACACGCCGACGAAUCUUCGGGAGGGGAUCUUGAUGGCGAUGAGUUCUUCGUGAGUUGGGAUCUGGAUCUGAUUCCUCCAUGGCGCAGUGCUCCCUUUGAAUACUCAUAUACCAGUCCGCUCGUCACCAUUCCAAACGCGGUUAAAGGCUACAUGAAUCAGUUAACUAGUUACUUAAGAGAUUCCACUGCCAGCUUGGCACACCUUCAUAUGCCAUCUGUGUUUGGGUCGGUAGAGAAUGCCGAGAAAGCUGAAAAGGAGAAAGAGCGUAGACACAUGCUCGAAUACUUUACGUCUUUCAACAACGAUCUAGUUGCAAGAGUUGACGCCGUCUUCAUGAAGUAUGCUGCUCUGUACGGACCGUCAUGCAGUGAAUGCGUCUAUUUGACCAGAUUUUUUUCAGACGCCGUUGACAUGUUGGCGGAGAAGGAAAGGGUGCUCGCCAAGGUUCGGGAAUUGGAUCGCGACUAUCCGCGUGGAUUUUACCAAGAUGCAUCAGCGCGACAACCAGAUUUCUUAGGAAACAUCCUGAUCCGGAUGAAAAUGAGGAAACCCCCAUUCCAACAAGGAGAUGACGUGUGGACCCGAAUGGAAGAUAAAACGCGAUCGUUUGUGGAGGAAAUGUCAGAAAGACACUAGACUCGACCAACACGAGUAUAUUCAGAAAUCUUGUCAAAACAUGCAAGGGCUAAAUAAUUCUGCUCAAGUCUUCAUAUGAUAUUGACCAUGUGAUAAGUGUAUAUAUUUACAAGUUUUUUUGCUCCCCUCAAGAAACAUUUCGUAACUGAAGACUAUGAUAAGCAGGUUCGUCAACGUCGGAGUUCCCUGCUCUCAUAUCAACUCAUCAUACAUGAAUUUUGCGUCCUCACUAAAUCCAAUAGUCCCUUUUACAGUUGUGGGCUUGGUGGCCAAGCCUUUGAACAGGAGUGGGCUAAGGGUGACCCUGUUGUG